AUGCUCGGUUUAGUGUGCAUUGCUAGAGAGUUUUUUCUUUUUCUUUGGAGGGUGCAUGUGAUCAGCACAGGGCGAUCAGCGCUGUCCAGAGAGAGGGAUUCAGGGGUCCUCCAGCCUCAUAGGAUGGUGAGAGGAGAAUGAAAACUCCUCCUACAAGGUUUAAUCAGUGCUCUGCUGGACACUGAUAGAAGUCACAUGACUGCUCUAACUGCUGAUGAGAAAAGGUAUUUAGCAGUUUACAAUUACGAAAUAAUUGCAUAUCCAUGUUUUGUUUACUGUGGGAGAUCAGAUAUAGUGAAUUCAGGGUCCUGGGGAGACCAGAUAUAG